ACCAAGAUCAUUCAACAAUGCCUUUCCUCCCCUGGCUGCAUCCUUACCACGCUCCGACCUGCGGGAGAUACCCUGCCCGCUGCGUGCCGGGCUGCGGGAUCGCUCCCCCGCGCCCCGCCGAGCCCCGCAGCCGGCCGGCGGCCCCGAGCCCCGUCCCCGCAGCUGCAGCCAAGGCGAGGAUGGACAGACUCCUUUUCUGGGGCAUUCUCUUGGCCUCCUCUGCCCGCUGCCAGGCGGUGCCCGUGGAGCCAGGUGCUGCGCCCUCCUGCCCGCCCCAGUGCCACUGCGAGGAGGAUGGCAUCAUGCUCUCGGUGGAUUGCUCCGAGCUGGGGCUCUCGGAGGUCCCCGCCAACCUGAGCCCUCUCACCGCUUACCUGGACCUGAGCAUGAACAACAUCAGCUGGCUGCAGCCCCGCACGCUCCGCCGCCUGCGCUUCCUGGAGGAGCUACGCCUCUCCGGAAACCAGAUCUCCAGGAUCCCAGGGGAAGCUUUCUUUGGCCUUUACAACCUGAAGAUUCUGAUGUUGCAGAACAAUCAGCUGAGUCGCAUCCCUGCAGAGGCACUGAGAGAUCUUCCAAACCUCCAAUCUCUACGCCUGGAUGCCAAUCUCAUCUCCGUGGUGCCCGAGAAGAGCUUUGAGGGGCUGCUCUCUCUGCGUCACCUGUGGCUGGACGAUAACGCCCUGACGGAGAUCCCCGUCCGAGCCCUGAACCACCUGCCAGCGCUGCAAGCCAUGACCCUGGCGCUCAACCAGAUCUGGCACAUCCCCGAUUACGCCUUCCAGAACCUCAGCAGCCUCGUGGUGCUGCACCUGCACAACAACCGGAUCCAAAGCCUGGGAGCCAACGGCUUCGAUGGGCUGCACAGCUUGGAAACCCUGGAUCUAAACUACAAUGAGCUGCUGGAAUUCCCCGGGGCGAUCAGGACGCUGGGCCGACUGCAGGAGCUCGGUUUUCAUAACAACAACAUCAAAGCUAUUCCAGAGAACGCAUUUGUUGGGAAUCCCCUCCUCCAAACAAUCCACUUUUAUGACAAUCCCAUCCAGUUUGUUGGACAGUCUGCUUUCCAGUACUUGCCAAAGCUCCACACUCUGUCACUCAACGGCGCAACGGACAUCAGAGAAUUCCCGGACCUUAAAGGCACCACCAGCCUAGAAGUUUUGACCUUGACCCGGGCAGGCAUCCAUUUCCUUCCCAGAGGGAUGUGCCAGCAGCUGCCCAGCCUGCGAAUCCUAGAGCUGUCACACAACCAAAUUGAAGAGCUGCCCAGUUUCCACCAGUGCCAGCGGCUGGAGGAGCUUGGUCUCCAGCACAACAGAAUCCACGAGAUCAGAGCAGACACCUUUGUGCAGCUGAUGGCCCUGCGCUCCAUAGACCUGAGCUGGAAUUUCAUCCAGUUUAUUCACCCAGAGGCCUUCGUGACCCUGCACUCGCUCACCAAGCUGGACCUGACUGACAACCAGCUGGUCACGCUGCCCCUGGAUGGCUUGGCUGGACUGACCCACCUGAAGCUCCAAGGCAACCCAGCUCUCUCUGAGCCCUUCACCAAGGAGAGCUUCCCCAAAAUGAGAGUCCUGGAGGUCCCGUACGCCUACCAGUGCUGCGCCUACGGGAGCUGCAGCAGCUUCUUCAAGGUGUCCAGCCAGUGGGAGGCAGAAGACACGAGUCCUGAGGAGGAGGAUCCCCACAAGAGGACCAUGGAAUUGUUUCCAGGUCACGCCGAUAAUCACUAUGACCUGGAUGCAGAUGACCUUCAGCUGGACCAUGAGGAAUCAAAGCUUCACCCCACUAUUCAGUGCACGCCAAGCCCCGGUCCCUUCAAGCCUUGCGAUCACCUGUUUGAGAGCUGGAUCAUCCGCCUGGGCGUUUGGGUCAUCGUCCUGGUCUCGGUGCUCUGCAACGGCCUGGUCAUCCUGGCUGUGUUUGCCUCCCCCAGCUACCUCUCUCCUGUGAAGUUCAUCAUCGGCUCCAUAGCCGGGGCCAACAUGCUGACAGGCAUCUCCUGCAGCAUGAUGGCCCUCGUCGACGCCCUCACCUACGGCCACUUCGCCAAGUACGGCGCCAGAUGGGAGACGGGCGCGGGCUGCAGGGUGACGGGGUUCCUGUCCGUGUUUGCCUCCCAGGCUGCCAUCUUCCUGCUCACCCUGGCUGCUGUGCAGUGCAGCAUCUCAGCCUCCUGCGUGCGGGGCUACGGGAAAUCGCCCUCCCUAGGCAAGGUCAAGGCUGCUGCCUGCUGCUGCCUGUUCCUGUCCUCUGUGGCCGCCGUUCUGCCUCUCUUCUCCGUUGGGGAAUACGGAGCGUCCCCUCUCUGCCUCCCGUAUCCCAUCCCAGAUGGGAAACCUGCCACCCUGGGCUUCACUGUGGCCUUGGUGAUGACAAACAUGCUCUGCUUCCUGACUAUCACCGGCACCUACAUCCGACUCUACUGCAACCUGCUGAAGGGGGAGUUCGGCGCUGUCUGGGACUGCGCCAUGGUUAAGCAUGUGGCCUGGCUGAUCUUCACCAACUGCCUCCUGUACUGCCCAGUGGCCUUCCUCGCCUUCUCCUCUACCCUCAACCUCUUCCUUAUCACCCCAGAGGUCAUCAAAUCCGUCCUCCUCGUGGUCCUGCCCCUGCCCGCCUGCCUCAACCCCUUGCUCUACCUGCUCUUCAACCCCCACUUCAGAGAUGACUUCCGCCUGCUGAGGCAGAAGGGGCAGGACAAGGGGAGCUUCCCCCAGUCCUGCGCUGCUGAUGACAUGGAGAAAAGCUCCUAUGACUCCACGCAGGCCCUGGUGAGCUUUUCUGACAUCGACCACAUGUUUGAGACGCCUGAUUCCCUGGGAGUGCGCCCCAUCCUCGACAGCUACAGCUUCCCCUCCAUGACGCUCAUCCCCUGCCAGCAAAGAGUGGGCACCAGGGGGAAGGAGAGGGGCUUCUCUGAGCAUUGUCCCUGCCUCAGUGACAGUGAGGUGCUGAUCACUUCAGAGAGCCGAGACCCGUCUGGCAGCAGCCUCCAGAUAACCUUCUUCCCCUCCCCGCCCUCACUGCCCUACACGUCUCACUUAUAAACCUCCUCGGAACAGCCCCACAGCCCACGCCAAGGGCCAGCCCCAGCUCCAGGGGGGCCAGCAAGGUGACACAGGCUUCUCCCUGUAAAGCACCAGUACAACCUGUCUACCCUCAACCCCACCACACCUGCCUGGACAACAGGCACCACUCCGCCAGCUGCCCCUCGCUUGGAAGGGCUCUGACUGAGCCCCAGACACUCAGGGCUGGCCACGGGAGGAGAUAACCCCUGCACGUGUCGCUCCUGCUGGGAACUGCCUGGGAGAGAGCCCCACCAGCUCAGGAAGAGGGUCAGGGAGACCCCCCUCCUCCUCCUCCUCCUCCUCCUCCUCCUCCUUCUCGUCCUGAAGCAUCGCCAGCCAGGAGGAGCCUGCAGUGAAGCCAAGUGUGUCUUCUGAGGCAGAGACAUCUUAGCAAAAGCCCUUGCUCUGUGGCCACACGUGGAAAUGUCCGACUGCAGUGACAUGGCCACCCACAGGGACCUCAGGCCUGUCCUCCAGGGUUCUCUGCAGGUCCCACACAAAUAGGCUGGUGUCUGCCCCAUGCCAUCAACUGGACAAGCAGAAGUGGGUUAAAAGCAGCGUAUCCAUGUGUGCACCUGAGGUUUGGACUGCCUCUAUUUUUUGGGAGUUUCCACUCAUUCACUGGGAACCUCGUGGGUUGGGUAGGACCCUCACCUCCAGCAGAUGCCAGGAGCUGGGAAUGCUCAGCCCACCUUUCAAUCUGACCCACAAGGGGUCUCUGAAAACCACGGCAGCCAAACCCAAGCAGUUUCCCAGAAAAACCCACGUGCUGUGCCUGAGGUCACUCAGCAGCACCCGCCCAAGGCACCCAGGGGCACACCGGGCUCCCUCCAUCCCCGCUUCACACACCACAGCACACCUGGGGCACUCCUGUCUGUAGUCACCUGGUUCCUGCUCAGGUGUGGUGAAAAUGGGGUCUGGGUCCCUCACUGCCCCCAAACCUCCUUCCUGGAAGAGGCUGCUGGUUCUGGAUACACGUCCCAGACACGGUGCAGCCAUUUCGGGGCCUGCACUUGCCCUCUGUUGUUUUAAGGGCAGGCAGCUCAUGUAGACGGAGGGAACAGAAAUCAGCACUGUGGGAUUUUGACGUCAGGAGGACACAGGCCACUGGGAACAGCCUCGGAUUCACUCCCUGCAGCUCAGGGAUCUCCCAAAUCCAUCCUCUCCAUCACAGACCCUCCCAGUGCCAGCUGGCAGGGAGCCCCGCGGUCAGAGCUCGGGCCCUGGGCAAAGCUUUGGUUCUGCUGACGUUACUGCAGCUGUUUGUCACUCGUUCUUGUGAGAUAAUAAAUGAGCCCCAUUGCUGA